GUCUAAAACAGAGUAUUAAUUUUUCAUUAGUUUUUCACAGUUCUGAUUAUUUUGAUUGAUCUAUCUACAUAGAUAAUCAUAUACUAUCGAUGUAUCCAUCAAGGGGAGAACAGCUUGAUAUGAAGAAUGAGGUGCGGUCUUCUAAACGUCCCAUCUGCGAAGAUUGUUCAACGGAAGCAUCUUUAAUGGACGUAGCGACUGGUCGGAUGAUUCCGAUCAACCAGGACUCAGAAUUUAUCAUUGGACGCGCUCUUACCUCUUCGGUCAUCAUGGAAGAGUUCUUCAUAUCUCGUCGUCACUGUUCUAUCAGAUAUGAAAAUAACUGUUAUUUCGUAUCCGACUUACAGUCAUGCUCUGGUACUUUCCUAAAUUGUAAAAGACUUUCAAGUACGAGUAAUAUUACAGAAUUACGACAUGGAGAUCUUAUUGGCUUCGGUCAUAAAAGCAAGAUUACUAGAACAUUCAAAUUUACCUUAAACAAUAUCUCAAAAAAAAACAAAAAACCAAGAUUAUACAAUAAACAUGGUAUUGGAGUUCAUACUGAAGAAGAAAUGUUUGAAAAGAACAUAAAAGACCUUCAUGAGGUAAUAUUGAAUUUAAAAGUUGACCAUACAGUAUUACGUGAUAAAGUUAAAACUGAAUUAGUUGAAUUGCAAAAUAUGAUGAACGACAGCAUGAAAAUUAAAAGUAUACAAACUAAAAAAGGACAUGAUGUAAUUCAAAAAAUGACCAACGAAAUUCCUACACUAAAGGCGAAAUUAGAGAAUGAAUUAUAUGAUGUGGGUGCACCUGAAUUAUUGAAACAACAAAUCCAUUCUCAGUUCGAAAAUGAACUUCAAUGUUCAAUUUGCAGUAAAUUAUUGUGCAAGGCUACGGUUCUAAAUUGCGACCAUACCUUUUGUGAAAUGUGUAUUAUGAAAAGGAUGCAGAAAUUUAAAUCGUGUCCUGUUUGUAAAGCUAAAUUUAAAUUCACUUCCAAAUGUAUAACUUUGGACAAUUAUAUUAUCAUGAAUCAGAAUAUUACUGGUGGUGCUAAAAGAUCUGCUAAAGAUGUGCUUCCUUCAAUACCACCUGCCGUGGAAGUUAAGAAGAGACGACGACGACGAUGAACAUGGUACAAUAUAUGGUCGAAUAGGCCAAUAACAUUUAACAUUGCUUACCUUAUAAGAAAAGAACCAAUCCCAGUAUGUGAAACUUGCAAUGAUGUUAAAUUGCACCAAAUAUACGGAAGCCCACAAGAUCCUCAAAAACCCCAUCACACUUCAUCAAGCGUUCAAUAAAGACAAUACGGACGUUAACAAUUCAUUUUUCAAUUGUAUAAACAUAAGUCAUAAA